AUGCUGUCCCUCGCAGUGUCUGCUGUGGCCGUUUCGCUCAUUUUCACCAAUGAGUCUUUCCAGCCCAUCCAGGCGGCCAUAGGGUUUGCCAUUCUCGGAUACCAGAUGACCGCGUCGCUGAUUCCGGCUGUCACCAAUGCGUUUCUUAAACGUGGCCUGGGAGGUAGAGACCUGUCCAAGCCGGGAAAACCGCUCAUUCCAGAGACCAUGGGCGUCAUCCCAGCCAUCACAUACAUGUUUGUGAUGAUCCUGUUCAUCCCGUUCAUGUUUAUCUUUGGGUCUGACCAGAACGGUCUGUCAGGAAUGUUCCCCCAUAAAAUGCUGUCGACGUAUCUGGGGUGUCUGCUCUCGCUCAUGUCGAUGAUCCUGCUUGGCCUGAUGGACGACUUGUUUGACAUCAGAUGGCGCCACAAGUUCUUCCUGCCUGCCGUCGCCUCCAUUCCGCUGCUCAUCGUGUACUACGUCGACUUUGGAGUCACAGCGAUCCUGAUUCCGCACUUUCUGCAGCAACAGCUGCACUUGGAAACGAACUCCGUCGACCUGGGCUACUUCUACUACUUCUACAUGGCGUCGGUGGCUAUUUUCUGUCCAAACUCCGUCAACAUACUAGCAGGUAUCAAUGGAUUGGAGGUUGGACAGACAGUCGUUAUUGCCGCGCUUCUGCUGCUCAAUGACCUGUUCUACCUGUCCAUAGGAACUAUGCAGUCGCCGAGCUACUCGAUCCACCUGCUCAGCAUGUGUUUCCUCAUCCCCUUCGUCGGUAUUGCUCUGGGUCUGCUCAAAUACAACUGGUUCCCGGCCAGAGUGUUUGUUGGCGACACCUGGUGCUACUUUGGAGGCAUGGUUUUCGCCGUCGUGGGGAUCUCGGGCCACUUUGCCAAGACGCUGAUGCUGUUUUUCCUGCCGCAAAUCGUCAAUUUCGUAUACUCGGCUCCGCAGCUCUUUGGACUCAUACCGUGUCCGCGUCACCGACUGCCCAAAUUCAACGAAAAAGACGGCCUGCUCUACAACUCGUACACGGAGUAUGGCCAGAUAGACGCGACGAGCGAGAAGAGCGCCCGAAAUCCACCGCUUAACCCGAAGUUGGUCCCAAUAGUACUACUUCUUGAGAAAUUAAAGCUCAUCGGAGUGGUCAAAGAAUACCAAGACGGACAAUGGGUGAUCCAUAAGACCACCAACCUCACCAUCAUAAAUCUAUUUAUCGUGUGGACCGGCCCAAUCAGAGAAGACAAGCUCUGCACGCUUCUGCUGGCCACGCAGUUUGCAACCGGCUUUACCAUGCUGGUCCUUCGACACACCCUUGCACCUAUGCUGUUUGGCUUCGACAACUCGUGGAGCAUGCUGAAUAGAUAUCAAUGA